AUGGCACUAAACUGGUAUGCUGUUUUGAUGUUUUCGGCAGUUAUUGGGGCAGAGGUGUCUCAAUCAGUGUAUAAAAUGACCGUUGUCUAUUACAAGGAAGGACACUUAGUAGAUGCACUUGACCAUUACGUCACGACGACCUUAGCCAACCAUUCACAUGUGGACGAAACUGUAAAAAGCUUUCUUGACAAUAUAAAAGAAAAGAGAUCCGGAAUCGACAACGUCACAGAAUGGAUUGGUCAUCCUAUUAAUGCUUUCCAAUUGGUCGAGCGGACAGCAAACGGUUGGAAAAAGGUCGAGCAGAACAUCAAAAGUAGUACAGUUGUUCCUACCAAGGCGACGCUGGAUUUCCUUUCCUACUGGAAUGAGGUAAUAGACGUAGAUGGUAUCUGGACAGGUAGAGAUGACGUCAAUAUUUCUGCGCAAGGAUUAUGUAGACUUCAUCAAACCUACAAACUGGAUCUCAAAACUCUGAUGUCCGGGACCAUUUUGAACAAAACUGCAUCCCCACUGACUACUUCAGAUGUCAUCAAUAUAGGAAUCUAUCUUAAAGCAGAGGAUCAGAUUGAAUGGUACGAAGCAUACCUGGAGUUGGAUGACGUCACCGAGAAGGAAUCUGUACUGUACAAGCUGGCUAUGACUUACUAUAUGGAAGAUUUUGCAUGGAAAUCACUGAGUAUUUUUACAGAUUUACAGAAGAUAAGUUCCCGGCCUCUAGAAAACCUGGUCAAGAUCGUCAGACAAAAGGCCGAGAAGGCAGGGAACGAUAGGCCGUUUAAGAAGAGAAAGGGUCCAACCUCAUUUUUGAGUAAAAUCUACGAAAAUUUGUGUCGGGGAAACAUACAGACAAACCAAGCUAUACCCGUCCUGCAUUGUUACAACAAAGUGACAAGAAUCCCCUACUACACAGGUAAAGAGGAGGUACUGAGCUACAUACCACGAAUAUCCAGGUUCCAUGACGUCAUAUCAGACGCGGAGAUUUCACAGCUUCAGGAUUUCUCCAAGCCUGAUUUAACGCCUUCCGAUGUCCUUGGAAAGGCCGGACAACAUUUUCCUGGCAGAAUUAGUGAAACUUCCUGGAUAGAACCUUCAAAAGAUGUUUCCAAAAAGCUAGAGAAGAGAAUUGAACUUCUAACACGACUGGAUACAGUCUAUCGAGAGGAAACAGUAACAUCUGAAUACUUUCAAGUGGUGAAUUAUGGAUUUGGGGGACACUAUUUACGCCACUAUGAUGCGUUAUAUUCGGAUCAGAAAUACGCUAAAGAUAAUGUGUAUGGAGACAGAAUAGCUACCUGGAUGUUUUAUCUCAACACUGUUGCAGCAGGAGGCGCUACUGUGUUCCCUAAACUAAAUCUUAGGAUACUCCCAAUCAAAGGUUCUGCUAUCUUCUGGUAUAACCUGUUGCCCAGUGGUGACCUCGACGAUCGAUCACAACACGCAUCCUGUCCGGUACUGCUGGGGUCAAAAUGGAUUACCACGAAGUGGAUACUUGAACACGAACAAAUGUUCCGGAAACCAUGUAAAACUCAUCGAAUGGAAGAACAUUUUUGACUUUUCAUCAGUUAUUUAAUUGUAGCAGACGUUAACAAUUACAGUUCAUUAAAUUAUGUUCACGUCUAACAAUGGAUUUUUGCUUCAUAAGAGUUAUUUCCCCUUUUCCGAUCUUGAAUGAUCAUUUCUAUCGAGUAUCACACUAUUACAAUUAGAAUCAGGCCUAAAAAUUCUGUACGAGUCAAGUUCAUAUUUCUGUUUACCAACAGUGGUACAUAAAGAAUGCUACACUUAUAUGUACACUUCUUA